ACGCCCACAUCCGCGUUGUUCAGUGACGUAACGCCAGUCUAAAACAGGAAGCGCUAAUCUCAAGGGGUUAUCUCCGCUCGUCCACAGUGUCCCAGGCGAUCGGGCUAAAGACGUGGCUUGUGUACAUUCGGCGAAACUAAUCGCUCCAAUCGCAGCGAGUCAGAAGAUCUCCGCUGUUUUAACACAAGAAUGCCUGCCGGUGUGUGUGGAUGUUGUGGGCGGUGUCGUCCCCGAUACAAGCGCCUGGUGGAUAACAUUUUCCCGGAGGACCCUAAGGAUGGAUUGGUGAAGUCAGACAUGGAGAAGUUGACAUUCUUUGCUGUGUCUGCUCCGGAGAAGCUUGACCGUAUAGGAGAGUAUCUUGCCGAACGCCUCAGCAGGGACGUGGUCAGACACCGCUAUGGGUAUGUGGUGAUUGCAAUGGAAGCGCUGGAUCAGUUGCUGAUGGCAUGUCACUCACAGAGCAUUAAACCCUUUGUGGAGAGCUUUUUGCACAUGGUGGCCAAGUUGCUGGAAUCCAAGGAACCAGACCUGCAAGUGCUGGGGACCAACUCUUUUGUGAAGUUUGCGAACAUUGAGGAGGACACGCCUUCGUAUCAUCGGCGUUACGAUUUCUUCGUCUCUCAGUUCAGUGCCAUGUGCCACUCCACGCACGAAGACCCUGAGACACGUACCAGGAUUCGUGUAGCAGGUAUCAAAGGGCUGCAGGGAGUCGUAAGGAAGACGGUGAAUGAUGAAUUGCAGGCAAUCAUCUGGGAACCUCAACACAUGGACAAACUUAUUCCCUCCAUGCUUUUCAACAUGCAGGACAAUGACGACUUAGAUAGGGGCGGAGGAGAGGAGAACCCUGCUUCCCUGGCUGAGAGCUGCUUUCGGGAGUUGCUCGGUCGUGCCGCAUAUGGAAACAUGAACAACGCCGUUCAGCCCGUACUGGUGCAUUUGGAUAAUCAUCAUUUGUGGGAUCCAAAUGAGUUUGCAGUAUCCUGCUUCAAAAUCAUCAUGUACUCCAUACAGGCUCAGCACUCACAUCACGUGAUCCAGCAAGUUUUGAAUCACCUGGACAUGCACAGUAAGAACACGCCUCGGGUACGAGCAGGUAUCGUCCAGGUGCUGCUGGAGACUGUCGCCAUAGCAGCUAAGGGUUCCGUUGGUCCGACAGUGUUGGAGGUUUUUAACACCUUGCUCAAGCACCUCCGUAUGAGUGUGGAUUUCGAGCUGGGUGAAGGCUCUCGCAGAAACUCUGGAACGAGUGUGUCUUCCGGUCGUGGCAGAGAGAACGAGGAGCGAGUUGUCCAGAAUGCCAUCAUUCAGACUAUUGGGUUCUUUGGAGGCAAUCUGCCAGAUUAUCAGCGGGCAGAAGUCAUGAUGUUUAUUAUGGGAAAAGUUCCAGUAUAUGGUACACCUUGCCAUUCUCUGGACACCGUCAAAAUUGGACCCCAGGGUACUAAGAGGAUUCAAACAAUGCUCCUCAGUUCUCUCAUUAUGGUAACAUCUGGCUUUAAGUGCAAAACAAUGAGUGCGGGUUUGCCGGCCGCAUUUCUGGAGCCUCUCUGCUCCAUCUCUCUGAUGGAAGACAGUGAGCUACGCCAACUAGUCCUUGAGAUCCUACACAACAUCAUUGAUCGCCACGACAACAGGGCUAAACUCCGUGGCAUCCGAAUAAUUCCUAAUGUUGCAGCUCUCAAAAUAAAGAGAGAGAAGAUCUCCAAACAGGAUGUCAUUUUCAUGAAAAAGCAUGGGCAGCAGUUGUACAGGCAUAUCUAUCUGGGCUGUAAGGAGGAGGACAACGUGCAGAAGAAUUUUGAGCUUCUCUUCACUGCUCUUGCUCUGCUCACAAUAGAGCUAGCUAAUGAGGAUGUGGUCAUAGACCUUAUACGCCUCUCCCUCGCUCUGCAGGAUAUGGCCCUAGAUAAUGAGGAGAACAUGCCGAUGUUUAUUCGCUGUGGUAUCAUGGCACUGAUUGCAGCCUACCUGAACUUCCUCAGCCAAAUGAUUGCCAACUCUGCCUUUUGCCAGCAUGUCAGCAAGGUUAUUGAGUUGAGGAAUAUGGAUGCUCCAUACUUGCUGCCUGAGCAUGUGUUUCGAGAGAAAUGUGUGUUGCCUAGUGCUCUGGACCGUGAGGCCAGUGGCAUGUAUUUUCAGACAGCUGACCUCGCUGAUGCACUUUCUGGAUCGGGAUACAAUGCUGAAAGGCUUGCUGUGCCAUAUAUACCACAAGUUACAGAUGAAGACCGAUUGACUCGGAGGAAGAGUUUUGUGGACACUAUCUCACUCCAGGUGGAUAUCCUGUCCAACAGCCUUCCUGACCAGUCACAGUUAGCAGAAGAGAUUACCUACGAGACUCUGAAGAAGGCCAUUGACACCACUGGUUUGGAAGAGCAGGAGAGAGAAAAGAGGAGGCAGGUGAUGGAGAAAUUCCAGAAAGCUCCGUUUGAGGAAAUUGCAGCACAUUGCGAAUCAAAGGCGAACAUGCUGCAUGAUCGUUUGGCUCAGAUCUUUGAGCUGACCAUCCGCCCGCCGCCGAGUCCAUCUGGUACCGUGACGGUGACUUCAGGCCACGCCCAGUACCAGUCUGUUCCCGUCUACGAGAUGAAGUUUCCUGACCUCUGUGUCUACUAAGCCUCAAGCUUAGCUGUCUCACUGUCACCUUUGCCCUUUACCAGAUCACCACAACAUUGUGUAAUUGCAUCCAUGCACCUUUACAUGCUAAGCGUUCACCUUUAAGCAGACCAGCACUGUAAACUUUGACACCCAAAAAAUCUACUUAAUCCCAAGCACCAAAUUGUCACUUGCUUUUAAACAGUUAUUUAAAUUCACACCAAGAAAUAAUGCAAUAAUCAAUUAUCCCAAUUACUGUCAGCAGCUAUGGAAUUAUUAUGUCAUUAUACACCUAGUCAUGUAGUGUAUGAUGUGUGUGUGUGUGUGUGUGUGGCUGUGCUGGUUCAGAGGCCUUUGUCUCUGUGAAUCAUAGACUUGAAACAAAAUGUUUACAUCUAAUAUCUCAAAAACGUGCCCUUGAGACUCAGCACUCCUGUAUGACAUGGCUUUAGCAUGCAGGAAUCUCCUCUAUCUGAAUGUAUGACUGUUUGAGCCUCAGUAGAACAUGCCUCUCGGAGUAAAUGUUCAGCACCCUCCCUUCAUUUGCCACAGUUUGCUUUGUGUGAGCUCAUAUGCCACAAAGUUUCAAUGGUUUCUGGGCUAUAUGAACUUCCAGCCUUUUUUUUUUUUUUAUAAAAUUGUCCCAAUUCCUAAAACACUUGAGCCAACCCUCGAUUGCCACAUGAUUACUGAGCCCUGAAAAUGUGGACUGGGUGAAUGUAUCUAUCUGAAAUGUUCUGUAACAUAUCCAUAUGUUUUAUUAUGUAUAAUCUUAUACAGAGUUUGUUACUUUUUUUGGCUGGAUGUGCACUUUAGAGACGCAAAUAAGAGCACAAACUGUGAUUGUGACAGUCAUGUCACCAAAGAGCCCCCAAACACACACACACACACACACACAAAAUUGCUAUCUGCAGCUUGUAAUUCAUCCAGAGGUUGUGUUGAAACCUUCUGAAACAUUUGGACCAUUGUUUUUCUGCACAUUUUUGCAGAAUGCGUUGUAAUGUUGGACAAAUUUAGAAAGUUAGCAGCUUCAGACUUCAAGAACAUGCCACUCAUCUAUAUUCUUAUAGAUAGUUAUAUGACUCAUAUAACGUUAGGCUAAAGGGUUCUAAGUAUAAAGCGAGCUUCUUAGUGACUUUAUUCUUCUAGCUAAGCAAAAGUACAUACAAGUAGAAUGUUGAAGCUUAAAAUGUGACUGUUAAAAGCUUAAAUACUAUGCUGUAAAUCUCUGAAAUCUUAUGCUGUAAAUGUAGGCCUCAGUGAGCUUUUUUUAAUCCACUGUUAUUAUCACACAGUUUUGGGGGUUUUUUUUGUUGUUGUUUUUGGAAACUGUUCUGCCUGUGUGAUGGUGUAAUAGGGUUAGGAGAUUUCAGGAAAAUUUGUAGAGUCAGAGCUUGAUAAUCUUAGCGCUGUCAGAGUAGUCUAAUACAGAUCAUCUUAAAUCUUCCCUCUUCUGUUCCAGGGCUUCACAAAAGAGCCAUCUGUGUAAAUGAGCAGUGUUAUGAAAGCUGUUCUCAUACAAAUUAGACUGAAAAUCCGCCAGAAAAGCUGUUUGCAUUGGCUGGAUUUGUAGCGCAAAAGGAUUCAGGAUGGUUUUGUCAGGAUAACAUUAGAGUGUUGAGGAAGUCAGCACACAUUUUACCUGCUUACAGUUAAUUAGAUUUGAUCCUACUGCAUUGAACAGACAUUGAGUUGCUCACGUUUGGACACUGAAAUGUUUAGUAGAAGAACUGACGGGUAUAAAACGGUGUAAAGAAAUCAAUUAGUGUGAAUAAGAAUGAAGAUCCAGCAGUUUGUUGGUUUGUUAGCGUUUGGUUCUGGUGAAGAUUUUCUCGUGUCCGAUUUCAGACAGGAUUAUUGAAAGUGACUUGAUUGGAGCUGCACUGUGACUAUAAUCACUAUGCUUUGUGUCUUGGAGUAAAAUGUUCUGUGAAUCCCAGAUUCAUAAACUAUGAAAUGUAAAAUAUUGUAUACUACAUCAUUGAUGAAUUCUCAAGUUUGUUAUAAGGUGUUGAUUCAUUUCCUAUAACAGCCGCUCUGACAGUAAUGUCUGCUUUAGUACAAAUCUAGGUAAUUAUUCAUGCGCUUGUUUUAACAAGUUCUCACUUUUGUAGUAAAAACACACGACUUAAACCUGUAGCAGACACUUCACAUCAUCUAACCAGCAGCCUACCGAGAGAUUGAAUCAAUUAGUUCUUUUAAAAAGAUGUAUAAUCACUGAUAUGGUGAAACAUUCUGUAAGGAGUUUAUUUAACAUGUAUAGGACCAGUCUCAUGUGAAACAGUGCAUUUUCUCUGUGGGAGAGUCUUACUGACAGAGGAAUUUGCAUUUUCCAGUUUCUUGUUCACAUGACCAACUGGAGGUUUUCUUGGUCUCAUUUUGGUCUCUUUCCGAAACAUUCCUCACCAUUAAAUAUCACUUUAAACUAAGAAAAUAAGAAUAGGAAUUUUUUUUAAAUAACUGAUGGUAUCUAAGGAAUAAGCGACCAAGGAACACAGUUAAUGAACAAUGAUGUAUUCUUUCAAAUUCUUUGAUUAUUUAUUGGAUUGAUUGUGUUUCUUUUGUUAGUAGAGUUAUUUAGAGACUAUAGCACACUGUAGAGAUUUUAGGUUUGAAGAUUAUCUCCAGGUAUAUUUUCCUGUUCAGAUUUUGAUAGAAACAGACUUGUGUAAAAUGCACAAUUUUUACUCAUGCAUACAAAAUCAUUGAUAAGAAUUGUGAACUGUGAUAAGAAUUUAUUAUAGUACUUUCCUGCGACUGUGCUAUGAAAACUUGAUUUAAAAAAUAUAUAUAUAUAUUUUUUUUUUGAGGAGUUGCAUGCAUAGUGAUGAUGAGUGAAUAUGGGCUUCACAGAAUGUAGUAUUGAUGCUUUAUGUUGGUGCAGUGACUCACUGGACUCUCUGUGUGUUUCGGUUCUCAGGCCACUGGAUGCCAUGCACAGUGUUUGGUGUUUUGUGUUUUCACUCGGUUAUAUACACCUCACUGAUAAACACACACACACACAGUUCACUGGUCUGUCUAUGUAUCCAUUCAUCCAUCAACAAAUUUUAUUCUUCUGGAUGAUCUUUUACUUUAGUCACUUUCGAUCUUUAGGGCCAGGCGGUUUAUUACUUGCUAAAUGUCAGUGCACAAAUGACAAAUGUUUAAAUAUUACCAUAAAUUAAUAAAACAGGCAAAUUUCGGUAACACUGUGAAUAGGUCAGUAAUUGAAAAUGUGACAUAUCUUUUAUUUGUGUGAUGAUGAGAGAAGUACAGGAACAUUUCCAGUGGUGCAAGAGGACCACUUUUUAAUUGUCAAACAUUGUCAGUAUUGAUGAUUUGUUGAAGAAGUGAAAACACAAACGGAAUAGUACAGAGAACUACUACACACACAGACAGGCACAGUGGAGCGCUGUGGAAACUGUAGCUGUGACUUUGUGCAUGUAGGGAAAAGUCAUGAGGUGAAAAGUGCAGGAGAGCCAGAAGCUGUUAUUGAUCCGAUUCUUCGGUCGAGUGAAUGAAGUGAUUAGUUGACCAGGUCAGUCUUUGACAGAAAGCCAGCAGUCCUACUUUGCAGGAAAAGGUGAGCAGACAGGAAAUGAGCUCAUGGCCAUUAGACGACUUUGACCUUUUUGGGCUAAGAUGCUGCAUUACAGCCUGUUGCUUAGCUUUCGUUCUGCUUAAUGAGCUAAUAGAAAGAGACCUUUAAUUCUACACAGAUUUCUGUGUUUAUACGUUCUAGUCUGUAAUAAUGAUCUAUUUUGUAAUAUUAGUGCAAUAUAUUUUUGUCUUAAUAGCAAAUGUGUAUUUUUCCUGUUGCAGUAGUAUGUGUCUGUGGGUGUGUAGAGCUUGAAUCAGACUCUUGCAUGCUGGGCUUUUAUAUUAUUGUAAUCAUUAGGCAGUAGGAAAAGGGUAAACAAAUCCUAUUCUUAUAAUUGCAGUGGCAAGAACGUUGCUGUUAUCUUGAACGGACAACUGUUGAGCCAAUGGUGUAUUUUUUGUGUGGGGGGGGUUCCGUCUUUACUGGUACUUGAAUCAUGGCUUAAUAGUAAUGUGUGUAAAUGUGUCUCUUUAAGGCUGUGCUUCUACACGCACUUUUAUAGGGUUUACCUGUAUGACUGAGUUCUAGACUGCCUUGAACAGUUACUGGGUCCACUGAACAACCACUCAGUGUUUAUCCUGAUAGGCAACCUUGAGUUUUCAAUACAUUGACGUGUGUGUGUGUGUGUUUGUGUGUGUGUGUUAUGAAAAGCAAUGCAGCCUUCAAUUUGUACAAUCAUGAUCACCAGCUAUGGCAUUCACAUUUCAAUGUAAAUGUUUAAAUGUAAAAAAUAAGAAUAAAAAAAACACUAAGACGCUAUAAACUUUGCUGCCAAAUUUCUGUCUAGCAGGACGUUUGAUGCUCAACCACUUUCCUUUGCACAGCAACAUCAAACAAUAUCAAUAAAGAUUUUAUAUUUAAAGCAAUACUA